AUGUUAUUUUAUUCCUUCUUCAAGUCCUUGGUUGGCAAGGAGGUUGUGGUCGAACUGAAGAAUGACCUCUGCAUUUGUGGAACAUUGCAUUCUGUUGAUCAGUUUCUGAAUAUAAAACUAACAGACAUCAGUGUGACCGAUCCAGAGAAGUACCCUCAUAUGUUGUCAGUAAAGACCUGCUUCAUCCGAGGGUCAGUGGUUCGUUAUGUCCAGUUACCAGCUGAUGAAUGUGAUACACAGUUGCUCCAGGAUGCCACACGGAAAGAGGCGGCGCAGAAUAAGCAGAGAUAG